GUAUGUCGGACAUCUGAAAAAGAUGUUGUGAAAAAUGUCAACGUCACAAAGUCAGCCAAAAGUGACUUUGUUCUCUUUAUUCAUUCAAGUGAAGAAUGCAACUCGCGUUCAAGAUUGGCUGCAGCUGACGUAUGUGAGAAAGAUUCAGAUACCGAUAG